AUGGGAGCACUGGGAACUGUUGCUGCCGUGGUGUUUGCUUUGUCGUUCGUGACAUUCGUUGCUUUGUUUGGGAGACUACCAGCCCUGAGAAAAACUCCAAUUGGUUUGCUGCAUCGUAUCAUCUGGAUCCAUACCCCCAAGUUUCUGCGCCUGGUCGAUGGUGUCUUUUUUGGCUCCCGGGUCUCACGAUGGGGAAGCCGUUCUGGACAUUAUUUAAUGUAUGAAAACCAUCCUGUGAUAUUGAUAUUCUUCCUUGUGCUGCUGGUCGGCUCGGAAGCUGUAUUUGUUCCCGCCAUCUGGUCAAGGAUCGGGGUAUUCCACAAACUUUGCAUCCCAGUCAUUGCUACAUUGCCAUAUUGGCUUUUAUAUAGUUCUGUUUUUACAACUUCCAUUAUCACGCGGGAGAACAUCGAAGACCACAUGCGAUCAUAUCCCUAUGAUCGAAUCUUGUUCCAUCCGGGCUAUGUCUGCCGAACCUGCCAUACUUUGAAGCCUGCUCGAAGUAAGCAUUGCAGCAUUUGCAAUGACACCUUAGUCCUAAGUUUUCCUACUGCAAUGCGCUCUAAGCACUGGGCGGAGGGAAUUGAAUGGGGAAUGUAUUUUGAAUUAUGGGGAUAUGCAAUUGCCGAUGAUAUUGUCGUUGGAGGAGUUUUUUUGCUGGCAAUGCUGACUGUACUGCUGCCGCUUGCGAUGUUUCUUUACCAUGUGUAUCUGAUCUGGAGCGGUAUGACCACCAACGAAAGCGCAAAGUGGGGUGAUUGGCGAGAUGGUAUUGCGGAUGGACUUGUAUUCAAGGCAAGGAAAAGCGAAAUAUACCCCCAAAAACACCCGGAUUCCCACAUCGUCGAACCUUACGUUCCGUGGCCGAUUCAGGUUGACCAAACCCUGAUAUUCACGGAUGAUGGAAAUCCUCCAAGGGUCGGGUUUUCCCUAGCUAGGGAAUGCAGCUCGAUAACGCAGCCCGGGGACCUGGACGCGAUCGCCGAUCUAAGAUGGAUGAGAUUACAGAGCCUAAAGGAUGUGGUGAAUAUUUACGAUCGCGGAUCCUCCCGCAGAUCUGAAAUGUCAACAGCCCAAAGCCUUGGGGCUUCGGAGCGCUCUGCAAACCAUGGUGGGCCAAAGUGCACUCCGGCUGAGUUGCUGUUGAGGGUGGUUCUCGCCGGGACUUUGACUCACUAUGAGACUCGGGGUAUGAUUGAUGAUAAACGGUUAGAGCAUAUGUUGCUUUCUGGGAAGCAGAUUCUUUAUAAGAGCCAUCAGGAAAGCGAAGUAAGGCAGAAUCUGGGCUUUUCACCGGCGAUAUGGCAAGGCCUCACCGACGUCUUGAGCAAAGCCAUCCCCGUUCUCGAAACACAAUCGUUGGCGGCUCCCGGAACCUGCGAAGAAUCGUCCUCCAACCUCAUAGCGUAUAACUACUUCUCGCUGGUAAAGGAUAUUGAACGGUUGAACGAUCUUUGUACAAUUGCGCGAAAUCUACUUGCGACGACAAAGAAGGCACAAAACCUGGCUGCUGAGAAGGGUUUUGAUCAAAGAAUCUUGUUGCUAAUUGACACAUGCGUCAGAGUUACUGCCAGAGGCUACGAUGGCGAAAGCAACGCUAGAAAUGAAGAAAGAUGGCAAAAAGUUGUUAAUCUCUACAAACGGCUGCUAAUCACUUGCCUCCAGUUCCUCCAUAAUUUUAUCAUGCAUAACGAACAUCGGAAACUUGUGUUGUGGCUUGAUCUCUUUGGUUAUCAUCAAAAUGGCGAGUCAAGUAUAAUAACACCUAUGGAGCCGUUGGAUGCUGGCGGCUCCCCUCCACAAGGUGUAGCACCAGUUGUAAGAGCGGGGGUGCGACUUGUUAGUCCACCCUUGCGCACGAUCUACGACCGAAACGCGGAGGAUAUGUUGCUAGAAACGAUUUCAACUUUCCCCAGAGAACCGGCAUCGUCGAAAGAGGAAGCGGCUAUGAUGUUACUGGCCAACGUAAAGGAUCACAUGGAGAAGCUUCUGGGCCGGAAUCUUAAAGAAAUCCAACAGAUGGGUAAGGAUCCAGACCGAGUGACAGAAAUCCGUGCUGCGCUUACUGCAAUUUUGUCAGCCAAAAUGGAAGGCUGGGCAGAUUUGAAGGACCGAUUCCGUGAAGAUGGAACCGCCCUCGUCGAAGAGGAGCCGACCAGGAAAAAGGCGAUUCUCAGCAUCGAUCGGAGUGCUACGACGGGUUAUCCACGGACGUGUUGGACCGAUUUGCCAGAUUUAGAGGAAUACGGCGCCAUAGCCGCGGUCGACGCACCAGUUACCGCUCAAGACACCGCAAUGUCGCGAUCCCCCCAGUCAGCUGCAGAGACCUUACAGGAAGCGAAAGACGAGUUGAUGGCUAGACUUCAAGAGCCCUCACCUAUCAUGGCCAACGGGGAGUUACAUUACGAGUCGAUGGAUGGUAAUGGUAUUCCACCGGAUGAUGACUCGCGUAGCCUAGAGGCGGCGGCAGAUGGCAGUGUUGACGAGGAAGAAGAUGACGAGGAUGAUGAUGACGAUUAUACCGGUCGACCUGGGGACCAGCAGCGUGGCUUACUCACAGAUAUUCCUCUCGUCCUAGGUCCUGCGGAAAUCGAGGCUCUGCCGAUGAUUAUCCAAGCAGGUAUUGUUGAUAGUUUCGGUCUUAAGGGUGGAGAACGAUCGGGAAAUAAAAAUAUGCAGGCGGUCCGCUGCCAUAUUCUUCUUGCCCAGGAGACUGGUAGAAACCUUCUCCGCGAGCUAUUGAUUUUUAUUGCCGCCUGGGACCUUCCAGAUGAGGAAUUUUACUUUAAGAUGAUGGUUCAAAUCAUGGAAGCUGUGCUUAAGAAUGGUUUGAUGUCUCAUGCUUAUUCGGAUUUCGGGCAAGCAAAGGACAUCAUCUCGCCCGCCCAGGCUGUAGUAAUUAAAAUCCUCACGCACAUUUUCCGCGCCAAGUAUUCACCUCCUAAUAUCACGUCAGCGACUGAGACACCCACUGGCAGAAGCUCUGUCCCGGUCACAAAGGUUGAUGUGCUUACGGUUCGCUACAUCUUUACCGUUUUCCGGGGCAACAUUAUCCCUGAAACUUGUGCUCUGAUUUAUCUCCAAGGUCAAAUCCGCGCGGGCCAUGCACGUCCUGAGGACUUUCCACUAAACCUUUGGGACAUGGAACGCGUGUAUGAAGGAGUUUACCAGUUUCUGGAAUUCUUCGCCGUCCUCACAGAAAACACCGGCUGGAAAAACCUGCUCGUGCAGUGGGAGAUUGUGUACGAUUUGACUACCCUUCUCAAAGAGUUGGAGGGAAGUAUACCCAAAGGAUCACUGAGCUCCAUCAAUUCCGCCGCCACUGCAGCUUCACGUGCGGCUACCCAAUCACCAAAAGAUGCAACAGCGGCACAAGGUGCAAGCAACGUUCCUGUUGCGGUCGAACGACCGUACGACCCGAACGAUCAAGAACCGGCUGAUGCGGCAACUGUCAGCCCAGGAUCCAGAGCCCACUCUCCUCCCGUAGGCAAUGACGACCCAUCCGACUUUGAGUGGCGCAACUUAAAGAAGCUGGUAGUUCUCGUUCUCUCCUCGCUCGUAUGGCAAUGCCCGGAAGUCCAAAACCAGAUCCGCAAGUACGGCGGUUUAGAGACUAUUCUGGCGUGCACGAAUUUCGACGCCCAUAACCCGUACAUCAAAGAACAUGCGGUGCUAUGUCUGAAGUUUUUGCUCGAGGGUAAUCGCGAAAAUCAAAAGGUGAUUGAGGAACUGGAAGCGAGAGAGGUUGUUAGUGAUGAAGGUGGGGUUCUGGAACAAAAAGGAUAUGAAGCGGUGAUCAACGAAGGGAAGCUGGCGAUUCGGACGAAAAAGGAUGCGCAGGCAGUUGAGGAAACUGAAAGCUCGUCGAAUAGAUAG